AUGUGGGAUAAGUUUUGUUCUUUGUCCGUAUUUAUACUCUAUCUAUCUAUCUAUCUAUCUAUCUAUCUUCGCAGAGUAACUAUCUAUCUAUCUAUCUAUCUAUCUAUCUAUCUAUCUAUCUAUCUAUCUUCGCAGGGUCUGUUCAUAUCUAUCUAUCUAUCUAUCUAUCUAUCUAUCUAUCUAUCUAUCUAUCUUCUCAGUGUAUCUAUCUAUCUAUCUAUCUAUCUAUCUAUCUAUCUAUCUAUCUUGGCAGGGUAUCUAUCUAUUUAUAUAUCUUCGCAGUGUAUCUACCUAUCUAUGUAUCUAUCUAUCUUCACAAAUUAUUCAUAUCUAACUUCACAGUGUAUUCAUAUCUAUCUCAGUCUGUUAAUAUCUAUCUAUCUAUCUAUCUAUCUAUCUAUCUAUCUUCACCGCGUUUUCAUCUAUCUAUCUAUCUAUCUAUCUAUCUUCACCGCGUUUUCAUCUAUCUAUCUAUCUAUCUAUCUAUCUAUCUAUCUAUCUUCACCGCGUUUUCAUCUAUCUAUCUAUCUAUCUAUCUAUCUUCUCAGUGUAUCUAUCUACCUAUCUAUCUAUCUAUCUAUCUUCGCAGGGUAUCUAUCUGCUCAUCUAUCUUCGCAGUGUAUCUAUCUAUCUAUCUAUCUAUCUAUCUUCACAAAUUAUUCAUAUCUAACUUCACAGUGUAUUUAUAUCUAUCUCAGUCGGUUCAUAUCUAUCUAUCUAUCUAUCUAUCUAUCUAUCUAUCUAUCUUCACCGCGUUUUCAUCUAUCUAUCUAUCUAUCUAUCUAUCUAUCUAUCUAUCUAUCUAUCUAUCUAUCUAACAGUUUCUUCUCUCGCACUUCUUGCUUGUCGGACUCUCUUCAAUCCCGGAAUAAUCUAUCUAUCUAUCUAUCUAUCUAUCUAUCUAUCUAA